GUUUUUUAUGAAACCUACCAACUGUUUACCUAUUUGUUUUUGUUUUGUUUUGACAGGCAGUUUCCAUCAAUUUUGGCUGUUAUUGACUAUGUGUGAUAGUGAAUCAUGUGAGGAGCAACAGAAGUGGCCUAUAGUUUAUUCAAAAUCGUAUAACGUGCAUUUUUGUGGUGUUGAGAAAUUACACCCCUUUGACGCUGCCAAAUGGGAAAACAUAUACAAACGCUUAAAAGAAUUAAUUUCAUUAAAUGACAAUGAAAUAUUUUUGCCCGAAGAAGCCACAAUACAAGAUUUGCUGCUUGUGCAUACACAAAGAUAUCUUAAUAGCUUAAAGUGGGGGUGGAAUGUUGCUAGUAUAGCUGAGAUUCCCUUGUUGGCAUUUCUUCCAAACAGAUUCAUUCAAAGAUGUUAUUUACGGCCUAUGAGAUAUCAAACUCGGGGAAGUAUGAUGGCUGGACAGCUUGCUAUAGAUAGAGGUUGGGCAAUAAACAUUGGUGGUGGAUUCCAUCAUUGUAGAAAAGAUCGGGGAGGUGGCUUCUGUCCUUAUGCAGACAUAACUCUCAUGAUUGAAAGUUUAUUUAAAUCUCGCCCAAAUGAAGUGAAGAAAAUAAUGAUAGUUGACCUGGAUGCACAUCAGGGUAAUGGUUAUGCAAGAGACUUUCUCGGAAAUUCAAAAGUGUUUAUAAUGGAUGUGUAUAACAGUGGAAUUUAUCCUCAAGAUACUGAAGCUAAAAAGGCUAUUCAUUGUAAAAUUGAAUUACACUAUUACACCCAAGAUGCUGAAUAUCUUGAUAAAGUUGAAAGUUGUUUAGAGCGUUCAUUGCGUGCUUUUCAUCCUGAUUUACUAGUCUACAAUGCUGGUACAGAUAUAUUAGAAGGUGAUACCCUAGGCCGACUUUCAAUCACUCCACAGGGUGUUAUUCGACGUGAUGAAUUGGUAUUUAUGAAGGCAAGAGAAAGAAGAGUUCCUAUUGUAAUGUUAACUAGUGGUGGAUAUACAAAGCAAAGUGCCCUUGUUAUUGCAGAAUCUAUUGCAAAUUUACAUGGUUUAGGUCUUAUUAGCAAAAAUUAGAUAUUUGUUAUUUUACAAUAAAAAUUAGAUGGAUAUUAAAUGUUUUAUAUUGCUCAAUAGAAUUUAGUACUAUCAAUAGUUGUAUAAUGAAGGAUUUUAUAUAUUUUAUGAAAAUGUACGUACUACCCCUAUGAUGUUUGAAUGUUAUUAUUCAAGUGACAGUAAUUAAAAGUAUAAAUCAAUAACCAUGUUUGUUUUUUUUCCAAAACAGUAUUAUUGGGCAUGAUUAACUUGUUAAGAAAC